GUCUCGACCCAAGGCAACCCUGAACUGCGGAUUCUGACAGAUGCCAUGGAGAAGAUUCGAUACGCUGGCAGCUGGGCCCCUGUCGAGCGUCUGUCUGUCCGUGGCUUGCUGCCCUCGACGGAGAACUACAUGACCUAUGAAGGCUCCCUAACACAGCCACCGUGCCAUGAAACCGUAACCUGGGUUGUUCUCAAUAAGCCGAUAUAUAUUACUAAACAACAGUUACACGUCCUCCGGAAGCUGCACCAAGGCACCAAGGCAUCUCCCAAGGCUAAGAUGGUCAACAACUUCAGGCCAAUACAGCAGAUGUACCACCGGCCUCUUCGCACUAACAUCGACUUCACGAAUGGACGUCAACUCAACUGCCCGUCGAUGGCAAGGCAGAUGUACUAUACUGCUAAUACAUGGAGGUAGUGAUACUGGAAGAGAUAUUACCUACUCAACACUCGACUUUCAAAGGACACAUUCGAUUGUGAAUCCUCUUUGUCGCCAUGGAAACAGUGCAUAAAAAUGGAAAGAAUACACGAAAAAAAAGGCAGAAAACCGUAAUGUUAAAUAAACAACCACGAUCUACAAAAGGUUAUUGGAUAAUAAAUCAUAUAUACCCACACUGUCAAAAAUUCACUGUUCAGAAAAAUAAAAGACAAAAAAAGAGAAAAGAAAAAUAGAAAAAGGAAAAGAACAGAAAAGUAUGAACACUGAACAAUGUUCUCGAGCGUCUCGGCGAUAUUUCAUGAUGAGAAAAAUGUUAAAAG